AUGACUCUGUACCAAACAGCCAUGGAUCUACCAGCAGAAGAGCUCCAAUAUUUCCCAACCAUAACAGCCAUCCUAAACGAAUCAACCUCAAUCCCAAACCCUUCCUCCCGAACCUGGUACUGCAGAAACCUCACACCGUUCCCAUCUCUCACCUUCGCAAUGUCAAUGUCCGUCUACGCUCUCCCCCAAAUCGACACCUCCCCAUCUGCUUCUUCUCACAACAUCUCUUCCCAAUGGACCAAACUCCUCUUCUUCCAAUUCUGCUGCCUCAUCUUCCACUUCGCCUUGUUCCCUCUCCUCUCCGCCGCCUCCGUCUUCGCCGCCGCCUCUCUCUGCACCGCCUCCAAGCCCGCCGUCGUCUCCUUUGCGAUUCGCAGCAGCGUCUGCAAGCGCCUCUUCAUCACCUACCUCUGGGUUUCUCUCGUUCUGGCCGUUUACAGCGUCGUAUUCAUCGGGUCUUUCGCCCUCGUCUUGGUCGGAAUCGGUACCCAUAACACGCCUCUGCUGGUUUCCGCCGGGUUUGUGACUUUAUCUCUGAAUCGUGCUGAUGAUGCGUCCUUGUGCCACUUGGCUGGCGUGGUUUCAGGGCUUGAACCCGUUUACGGGUUCGCUGCGAUGGACUUGUUGAAGGCUUGGAACCCAACGGCCGCGUGGCUGGUUUUUGCUCAUCUAUUGGUGAUUGGGGCGAUAAAUAUGAACUUGUCAAAGGAGAUUACUAAACAGUCUGUUUGUGAAUUGAAGGUUCCUUGUGAAACUAUCCAUCCAGUAAUCCCUAAUGGAUUAGAUAAGCAUGCUUUAGCGGUUGGUGUAUCGAGCACAGUUACAGGUUUUUGA